AUGAACGUUUGGAGUUUGAGUCUCCAACACAGUUCGACAGGCACUCCAAGAGUUUUGGAGCACGUGCGUGCAGCAGCAGCAAUCUUUGAGAGCGUCAUCAGGCUACAUCAGGAGCGUGUUGGCGGUCUCUUGGUGGAUGCGAUCAACUUGCAGUCCUCCCGCGACGCAGCUGCCUUGUGGGCCUAUGAUUUAGUGAUGCGCGAGGAUGUGACCUGCGGCUUUAGGGACUUGGUGGUCACUGCACUGCAGAUGGACCCUGUGGUGAAUGAAGCGGAGCAGUUGGCCGUGCAGGUGGUGAAUCGCGUCCUCUCCGACGAAAGCACCAUCCUGGAAGCCAAGCGCGUCCUCCGAGAUGCGCUUGCAGACCAGGAGCUACGGAAUUCCGCCAAGGAAACGCUGUGGAAUAUCGUGAUUCCAUGGAGCAGCCAGCGAAGUACUGAUGAGGUGAAACGGAAUCUGCGCGCGGCAGAGGACUUGGCGGCGUCGCCGUUCCUGACAGAGGAGGAGCGGAACUUUCUGCGGUCUUUGCAACUGCGGCUCAAAAACGAUGGAGCGAAACGGCCCAGCGCAGAGCCCAGCAAGAAGAGCUCUGCUUCGACGAGGGAAGAGCCAGCUCCUGCGACGACAACGACCAGCCAAGAAGAGGUGCACCAGGAGGCAGCAGAUCCACCAGCCACACCCCAGGCGCCAAGCACGCCGAGCCCUGCGGCUCCAGCGGCUCCUGCGGCUCCUCAGGCGACCCAGAGUCCACCCUUGAAAGCAUUGAAGGGCCCUGAGGAACAGAAACUCCUGGAAUCUGCAGGUGGAGCCGUAACGCCCGAGGCGCAAAAGGAGAUAUAG